GCCUCUGCCUCUGCCUCUGCUAUUUCUACCAAAAAAAAAAAAAAAAAUUUGGCAGCAGUAGCCAUCUUCUUCUUGUGUUGGUUAUUAGCGGUUGUUUGUUAGCGAAAUCCUUAUCCUGUUGGUGUCGGUCGGUCAGAGUGGUCGUUGGUGAGGUUACUGUUAUAUAACUGUCCAUCAAACCACAGUCAGAUAAGGAGAAAAAGAUACCUCUUUACUUUCUUUCUUGUUGCUAUAAACAAACCCAUAAAAGCGCUAGCUAGCAUGGAAAGCAAGAAGCAAGUUGGCGGUGCUGGCUCCUCUUCUUCUUCCUCAUCUUCCUCUUCAUUGGAUCAUCUGUUCGGUCCCAAGGAUUCCUCUUCUUCUUCAUCAUCUUCCUCCAGCUACUUCGGCUCCAUCUUCCCCCCUCCUUCCACGAUUAUGGGAAGGGACGGUGCUGGUAGCAGAUACGGCGCAACCACUUCUCCUCCAGCUGAGAAUUACAACGCCCGUUAUGGAGGUGGAAAUAAGGACCAACACGGCGGUGGAAGUGGGACGGUGGAGCCGUCGUGCUACUUCAGCUCAUCGAUCUACUACGGCGGCCAGGAGAAUUACUCCUCUUCUUCCUCCACGCCUCCCCACGCCAGCUCCUCCCUCGACUCCGCCCGUCGUAACACUGCUACUACUACACGUGUAACGUAACAGUACAAGAAAGACGGUGGAGAUAAUGACGACCCAAAUGGCAAUAACAACUCUGCUUCCAGAGGCAACUGGUGGCAAGGUUCGCUUUACUACUAAUCUCUCCUGCUACUACCCCAUAACUCGGCACCUAUAUGAUCUAAUCAAGUCUACCGGAAUAAACG